AUGAUUCUAGUAUGGGUUGAUGACAUAAUUAUAGCUGUCAACUCAAAUGAACUAUUAAUUAAAAUUAAGAAGAAAUUAAGUAAACGAUUUAAAAUGAAAGAUUUGGGACCAUUAACUUCAUUUCUUGGUAUUCAAUUCAAAUCAACUAGUAAUUGUGUCACUAUGAAUCAAUCAGAUUACUUGCAGAAUGUUCUACAAAAAUUCGGUUUUGACAAUUGCAAACCAAGAUCUACCCCAUGUGAGCAAGUUCCUUAUUCAUACCAUAAUCAAGAAUCUACAAAAUCGAAUGAUUCAGAGAUAAAAUUAUACCGACAAAUGGUUGGAAGUCUUCUUUAUGCAAUGACAUGUACAAGACCAGAUUUAAGCUAUGUUAUUACCAAAUUAUCUCAGCAUCUAUCAAAACCAAAUAGUGGUGAUUGGAUUAUGAUUAAACAUGUAUUUUGGUAUAUUAAACAUACUCUAAACUAUUGUUUAACUUUUCGAAAGACUGAUGAGUUAAAGCUUUAUGCUUUCUGUGAUGCAGAUUGGGCUUCAUCUUUAGAAGAUCGACAUAGUAUAUCAGGUUACUGUUUUUCUCUGUGUACAGAUGGACCAGUCGUUAGUUGGAAAUCAAAGAAACAAUCGAGUGUUGCACUGUCCACCUGUGAAGCAGAAUAUAUGUCGAUAUCUGCAGCUUGCCAAGAAAUUAGUUAUUUAGCAAAACUAUUACGAGAAUUAUUAGAAGUAAAAAUUGAACCAGUAACCCUUAGAAACGAUAACCAAGGAGCCAUUGCAUUAGCGAAAAAUCCUAUAAAACAUAUGAAAUCUAAACAUAUAGACAUACGUUAUCAUUUUAUACGAGAAUAUCAUCAACAAGGUCGUAUACUAUUAGAGUAUAUACAAUCAAAUGAAAAUUAUGCUGAUAUUUUUGCUAAACCAGCAAAGAAAGAUUCAUUACAAAAGUUUAAAGAUUUUUUAUUGGGACUUUAA